AUGGCUUCUUCUGCGACACCUCCGCCUGAAAGUCUCGAAGCUAUCCCAACUACAGUUACAGUGACACAACACAGACACCAAAAUGUCGCCAAGGAAGCACACGAGGGCCUGGACGCCUGGCUGCAGGCCCUAGGCGCCUUUCUUGUUUACACAGCAACCUGGGGCCUGUUGAGUGCCUAUGGCUCGUAUGAAAAUUUCUACGAAACAACCCUGUUGUCUUCCACGCCCUCGACUACAAUUUCUUGGGUCGGCACGCUACAGGGUGUCAUUCUCAUCUUGGGAGGCGUCGUAACGGGGCCCAUCUUUGAUCGUGGAUAUAUCAGAGAGCUCUUGAUUAUAGGCACAAUAACCACAGUACUGGGGGUCAUGAUGUUGAGCCUAGCCCACGAGUACUACCAGAUUCUCCUAGCACAGGGCGUUUGUGUUGGUAUCGGAAGUGCAAUCUUGUAUGUGCCCAGCAUCAGUCUCGUUGCAUCGAGGUUUCAACGACGUCGCCCAUUAGCCGUGUUCAUUGCCACCUCUGGAACCGCAGUUGGCACACAUGCAGGCGGGAUAAUCUACCCCAUCAUAUUCUCGACACUCCAGCCCAAGCUUGGCUUCCCAUGGGCAACUCGAGUCCUUGGUUUCGUGACGCUAGGUGAACUAAUUAUAGCCCUAGCGAUCAUAUUACCCAGCACCAAGAGCAAGGCUCCCCAUAAUGUCCGAUCCAUGCUGGAUCCCACCGCCUUCCGCGACCCAGCGUUUAUGGCCUUCUGCGCAGCUCUUUUCCUCAUGUGGAUUGCCUACUGGGUCCCCUUCUUUUUACUCCCAACGUUUGCCCAGUUCAAAGCCAACGCAAGCUCAAAUCUAGCCUUUUACACCCUGGUCAUCUGUAAUGCGUCAACCAUCCCGGGUCGGUUUCUGGCGGUGCCACUUUCAAACCGAUGUGGGCCCGCGCUCACCAUGGGCGGCUUUGCGUUGGCAUCCAGUGUACUCCUCUUCAGCUGGAUUGGUGUUAAAUCAGUGGCUUCCACUAUUGUCUGGGCUGUGCUCAUUGCUUUGUUCAUGGGGCCACUAGCAGUUCUAUAUCCAAUCAUUGUGCCUCAUCUUUCGCCAGAAAAAGACCUCGUUGGCACAAGGAUUGGUAUAUCAUCGGCUGCGGCGGCGCUGGGGACUUUGGUUGGCUUUCCAGUCACAUCUGCUUUGAAUGACAUUGAGACGGGGGUGUUCUGGAAAAGCCAGUGUUUGACUGGAUGUUGCAUGCUUGGUGGGGCUGUUCUGAUGAUAUACGUCUUUUAUAAGAUGCCUACACCUUGA